GACUGACGUGGAUUUUGCAAUUUGUUGUUUUUCCUGGGUUUAUUUUCUAAAGGCUCACUGUUUAUUAAGGAUUUGUGUGUAUAUCUAAGUGUAGAAAAAGUGUCGCACAGUUUCCAGCAUAAUUGAAGUGGAGACAGAUAAUAUUGCUUGCUUUUAGCUUUUUUCUUUUUGUGCAGUCGGUUUGUGAAACAUAAAUCUACGUUCAGUUCAAAAUGUGCGGAACUGAUAAGAAAUUAGGGGAGAUACGGGCCCUCAUCCUCGUAGGCGGCUAUGGAACACGUCUCAGACCUCUAACUUUAAGUAGACCAAAGCCGCUUGUGGAGUUUGCCAACAAACCCAUACUAUUGCAUCAAAUUGAAGCUUUGGUUGAAGCUGGAGUUACUCAGGUGAUCUUAGCUGUAUCAUACAGAGCCGAAGACAUGGAGAAGGAGUUAACAGAGCAGGUUUCCAAGUUGGGAGUGUCAUUGACCUUCUCCCAUGAGACUGAGCCACUAGGCACGGCCGGCCCUCUGGCUCUAGCCAAAGACCUCCUGAGUGCAAGCCCGGAGCCAUUCUUUGUGCUUAACUCUGAUGUAAUUUGUGAUUUUCCAUUCAAAGAACUUGCCAGGUACCACAGGAGUCAUGGGAAGGAAGGGACAAUAGUGGUCACUAAAGUGGAAGAGCCAUCUAAAUAUGGAGUAGUGAUAUACAAGGAGGAUGGGCAAAUUGAAAACUUUGUUGAGAAACCACAAGAGUUCAUAUCAAAUAAAAUAAAUGCUGGUAUGUACAUACUGAACCCAUCAGUUCUGAAGAGGAUAGAGUUGAGGCCUAUGUCCAUAGAGAAGGAGGUGUUCCCCUUCAUGGCCAAGGAUGGCGAGCUAUAUGCCAUGGACCUGCAAGGGUUUUGGAUGGAUGUUGGCCAGCCUAAAGACUUCCUUACUGGUAUGUGCCUGUACCUGAACAGUCUCCGUCAGAAGAACUCUCCUCUGCUAUUCGAGGGCACCUGUGUCGUCGGCAACGUCAUUGUGGACCCCAGCGCCAAGCUCGGCAAGGGGUGCCGGAUAGGACCCAACGUCACUAUCGGACCGGAUGUAGUUGUUGAAGAUGGAGCGUGCAUAAAGCGGUGCACGAUCCUCCGCGGCGCGACCAUCCGGCAGCACGCAUGGCUCGAGGGCUGCAUCGUGGGCUGGCGCUCCGUGGUCGGCCGCUGGGUGCGCAUGGAGAACUGUACGGUGCUCGGCGAGGACGUCAUAGUUAAGGACGAGCUUUACGUCAACGGCGGGCAGGUGCUGCCGCACAAGAGUAUUGCGCUGUCAGUGCCGGAGCCACAGAUUAUUAUGUAGGUUGCGGUCUGUGGUGCGUUGUCUAUGGUGGUUUAUGGCGCGGUUGGAUGUCUGUGGGUAGUUUCUGUAGAUGUGAAGAAGAAAAGGUGAGGCAAAUGCUGGGACGCAGGUGUAAGUGCAGAGCAGAUUGUCUGUCCUGCUCUGGCAUACUCACGGACUAUAUCUGUCUUGCCUUCUCUGUUCUGUACUGCGUCACUUGUGUCUGAUAGCAUAUGCCUAGCCUAAAUUAGCAUGAAAGUGUUUGGUGUGUGAUAAUACGAUGCUCCUAAUCGGGUUUGGCUAUAUGCGAUU